UGGUGGCAGGUUUUGGGAAUAAGCUUGAUAUUGAGGAGUUGAAUGAACUCUGUAUGGAAGUUUAAUAAACACAAGGAGACAUUAGCCAAAAGAUACAGCAUAGUUUUGCCGACUGUCUUCAUCAGAGGAAAAUCAAGGAUUCUGUUGAAUGGAUAAAAGUUUAUAGGAAGUUUUGAGCAAGAAAAGAGGCUCCAAUAAACAAAUGAACAAAACUAUUAUCGGUGGUGUCAAUUAAAGUGCGAUGGAAUAGGAUCACAUGGAAAGUGAAUAUAAAAACAACAGCAUCUGAAUUUGUUUGGAUUAAAGCUGGAAGGAAAUUCUAAUGAACUGGAUGCAGUGAAUACACUUUGAUGCUACCUUCAGGAACAGAUGGAACAUGACAGUGACCAUUGGUUGAUAACUAGGACACGAAGAUGAACCCAGCUUGAAAACCGAACCUAAGAUGGAUGGUUCGCGCAUUAAUCGUCGCUAUGCCCUAUGGAUUAUUUUGAUCCUCAUCAUCGCCAGCUGUCUUGGUCUAAGCUCCGCCGCCGAACCCAAAACGAGAACAGGAGCGAUGUUGUCAAGUCACAUGUACGUCGAGGAAACACCGGAAAUAGUCAACACAACGUCGAUGCUGAAUUCGCUCUGUCGGUUACACAUCAAGAAUGACGGUAUCAUGGAGGAUCUUACACAUCUGAUCAUCAACAAGAAAAAGAAAUUCAUCGAGAUCAAAUUGAAAUUUCCUCGGGGUGUCGAUUUGGAUAUCAGAAAUUAUAGUAAGAUCACAGAACUUGAUCAUUGGUUCUGGGUAGAUAAUCACCAGGGGAAGCCACUCCUCGAGUUGGAUUUUCGUUUUUAUGUCCUGUCGGUUACAAGCCUGUCGAUAGAUGUCGCAAGCGUUGACGCAGACGUCAGGAUGGAGCCGCGGAACUGUUUGAAUAAGAUGCAUUUAGCAGAAAAAACACACUUAAUUCAGGACAUGUUGAUGCGGCAUAUACACCAGAUCGUUGGCGGUGAGGGCCGAGAGGAUACAUCCUCGGCGGUCUGUUAUUCCCGUCUAGCAACCUAUAAACUGAUGUUGAGUAAACAUUAUGUUCAGAAGUUUUGUUGUGACAUCCCGCUAUACCAAGGUGCACCCUGGUCAUGUGAAGCUAUCGUAUCGAGCUACACUAAUACGUAUGUUGUGAUUCUGUACAUCGUACUUUUCCUUGUCAGUCCGUUGCUCAUAAAGUUUCUCCCGCAAGAGGAAGUUAUCUACACCGUUGACGAUGAUGGUCGUGCACACGAGAUGGUCAAAUGUAAGGUUUUAUACGGAAGGCAACACAGCACGCUUCCACAGGCGGCGAGGAGAAUUAACACAAACAACAACAACAACCUUCCCGGAUUCUGCCUUUCAGACAGCAGAGACAAUUAUCGCAACGACAACCUUCACAAUGGUCAGAAAGAUAUUGUGGCCCCCGCAUGCCGUUCACCUGAACGACCCGCAGAUGUAGAAUCAGUCUGUGCCUGCACAUCGGGAGUUCCACGUCAGUUCUUGCGCAUACAUUCACACGAGAGCCAAAAUGACUCCAUUAUGCGUACAAGCAUGCUUAGUCAGCAAUCCAGUACGUUCAGCCAAUCACUGCAGAGCUUACACGAGACCCUAAAAGCCUUCGAAUUCGAAAUCUACGACAGCAAUGGAAAUCCUGAAAAGCUCUGCAAUGGUUUGAUAACGAAUCACAAAGAAGAUGGGAACGAAAUCCACCAGCGCAUUAUUCCGGUCCGACAGAUCAGUCAAUUCUCUGACCUCACACUGACUACGCAGGAAUCUCAGUCGGGCCAGAAUACCCAGCAGCGCGGCACAGAAUUACCCAUCAGCCUCGAGUUGGAACAGAAUGAGGCAAACAUCUGCGCAAAAAGAUCCGGAUGUCAGUACUCGGCCCUGGACAACACUACACCAAUUCGCAUCUGCACGCCAUUGUACUACAUUUUCCUGCUUCAUGUUCAGAAUGAUUGGAUCUGCCGCAUACGCCGUAUCAACUUUUUCUGGAUUCUGUUCCCGAUUUUCAUCCACGGGAUGGUGAUCGGUGACAUCAUGCUGUAUCAUGACCACAUCACACAUCUCUACAACAUGGAGCGCAGAAUGGGAAUAGUUGGAGAUUUGGCAGACCUUGAAAACUACGACUACAUCUGGUUAGGCGCAAUCUUCACGAAUCCAGAACUUGUCAUUGGGACGGUGUAUCUCUCGAUGUACUUUCUCAUGACGGUAGUCCUAGUUAUUGAGGGCAACUUAGCCAAGCUUCUCAACAAACUCAUGGUCCAGGAUCACUAUUUAGGAUGCAUGAAACUCCCAAAGGAACUCCGGACACCAAAGUCAGAAAAUAAAGGCAUGCAUUUGUUGUAUCACAAAAUGAAAUUCAGGUUAUGUUUGAUCGCUGAGCCGCGAUUUUGGGUAUUCUGGUUCAAGCAGUUAAGGUUGUCACUCUGGCCUGAGAAGUCAGAAGGGUGCAAGUCGUGCUGCAAGGCCUUGAUCUGUCGACCGAUACGAUUUUUCACAUGUAUAGCAUCUCUUGCAUUGCUUUUUCCUCUGACAAACUUUUUUCCAUGGGAUAUGGUCAUAGAUUUCUUCAGUGAGAUGAAGGAGACAGACAAAUUUGCGCGGAGCUGCCUCCGCAGAUACAAGAAAAGACAAUACGGAAAAGCAUUUCUUUUUCUAACCUGCGCAGGUAUUAUCAUUCUAGGGCUUCUCUUUGCACUUUUGAUUUUCAUAUAUUCUUGUAAAAUUGUCUCGCUUUUUAUUCUUUACACGAUAAAAGGUGUCAUCAAGCAUUACAUGGAGACAUUACCCAUCAUUUCUAUAAAAGUUGUCGCCCUCUAUUAUCUGCUGAGCACAACGCAUAAACUGAAACUGUUUUAUAAAGAAGUCAAGAAACAAAUAUUUGAACUUUGCGUGGAGGAACAGAAAGAGAUGAAUGAGAAAGAGAAGGAGUUGAAUGCGAAACAAGCACUGCAAGAAGUAAACGAUCAGGAAGUACAGGAGGAUAACAAAAUCUUUCUGGUGGCUUACAGAAAAGAUGGAAUUCCACUCAUACCAAAACAACUGUAUAACAAGAUCUUUGAUCGCCAUUGCCCCCUCAGAGAGCACGAACUCGCAGCCUUAGCAAAACUCAUGAUGAUUGCAAUUUUUCUAUUCUAUGUCGGUUCGAUCAUAAAUAUUUAUCAAAUCGGCAAUAUCUCAAGUCUUGGGCAAGCCAUAGCGACGUUCUUUGCCGUGACGCUCCCAAAGUUGUUUGAUUUUUUCAGCGGGAAGGAUGCCGUUGAAGACGACAUCCUGAAAUAUAAGAUUAAACACACGAUCAGGGAAUAUGUUGAAACGACUCUCAUAAAUGGCGAUGACGAUGAUGAUAAGAAGGCUGGGGUUGAUGAGACAUUGGAGCGGCGGCCCAAUGGUACUAUCAACAACUGUAUGUGCGUACCUGCUACACUGGAUAGGGAGACACAAGUAUGACAGACACGCAGAUGAAGUGUUUUUGAGAUCGCUCUGGCCAAAGGUACUUUUGUCCCUUGUUAGCGUUUAUAAAGAAUUUUAUUGCACGAAGGUGUUGUUUGUGUGAAUUUUUCAAUUCAUUUUCAAUCAAUGUGUUUUCUUAACAAGACUGAAACAGACGUUAUGAUGUGAUUAUGUAAAUAAAAUGUAGGUGUUUUUUGUCAAGUGUGAACUGUGCCUAUCUGGGUUGCCAUGGAGGAAGACAAAGUUGUAUCAACUUCUGAAUAUGUUAACUGAGGAGACAGACUCGGUUCAUGCAUCCACCAUUAGUCUACGAGCUUGGCCAUUUCAGUUCAUCGACAAUCCUAAAGAUGGCAACAUUGUCGUACUGAUGGAAACAUUGUUUAGACAACCGACAAGAUGGAAACUUUGUGUAGGCAAUGUCUCCCAAAAUACCCUCAGGUGGAUAUGGCUUUUUUCACCUAAGUUUUUGCAGCAACUGUUUGUAUAUUGUUGGUAUAUCACGGAUGUCUUGAUUAAAGUCUAUGGGAAUUUGAAAAAAUGUAAAAAUGGAAUAAAAUU